UUUCCAUCAUAAGGUGCGAAUAUGGUAUCGUGUGGCAACGAAGCACAGAAUCCACACACCAGGCCUGCGGGUAGCCGAAGGUCGACGACAACUUGAUGUCUACUUCCGGGUUCCGGUCACCUUCAUUACCAUAAGAUAAAGGGUUCAGUCGACUUGGUUUUCAACUUUAUGGAUUACAGGAAACGAGUAUCACCAUUACCCACCGUAGAAGAUGCCCCUCCGGUGGAUAGUUUCAAGCAACCAUUUGAUUCUACUGAAGCCGAGCUCCCGCUUUACCUGUAUACGAAGGAACCGAAAGGUCGACGUAGAUGGCAGAGGGGUGCAUUCGUUGCCUUACUUGCUAUUUGUCUAGCGACGCUUCUGCUACAGAGAUACCAACCUCACCCGCACCUACUCACCCGACCCCGCACACAAACCCGUAAUCCUGCCUAUCUCAUAGAGGCUGAACACGGUGCCGUUGCUUCCGAGAAUAAACGGUGUUCAGACAUUGGUGUUACCGUCUUGAGGGAAGGAGGAAAUGCUGUCGACGCCGCUAUCAGUGCUGUUUUCUGUGUUGGUGUGGUCAACAUGUUUUCCUCGGGCAUAGGUGGAGGGGGAUUCAUGACAGUUCGCAUUCCACCCUCGUCUGAGGGUGGUAGUUCGGAAGUAUAUACCAUUGAUUUUAGAGAAACUGCGCCAGCCUUGGCAAAUAGUACCAUGUACGCGGAUGAUCCAGCUGCUGCGCGAUGGGGUGGAUUAGCAGUUGGUGUUCCCGGUGAAGUCCGUGGACUCCAGGAAGCACAUGAACGCUGGGGGAAAUUGCCAUGGACUAGACUCGUGCAGCCAAGCAUAGAUCUUGCUGCUGGAUGGGCGGUUGAUAAAGAAUUAGCGCGACGUUUGCAGAUGUUUGCAAGACUCAUACUUCCUAAAGAAGACUGGAGAGCUAUUUUCGCUCCAGAGGGACGUAUGCUGUUUGAAGGCGAAACUAUUAGACGGACGAAUUACUCACGCACACUUGCUACUAUCGCAUCCGAAGGACCCAAUGUGUUCUACAAGGGCCCCAUAGCUGACUCAAUCAUCCGCAAGGUACAAGCCACUGGAGGAAUAAUGACUAAUGGAGAUCUGGAGAAUUACACUGUGAAGGUGGAUCACGCUCUCCAAGGAACGUAUCGUGAUAAGAAAGUGUACACUAGCUGCGCACCAACUUCAGGACCCGUGCUUCUUCAUAUUUUGAACCUAUUAGAACGCUACGAUUUUAUCGGCGAAGGCCGAACUGGCUUGAAUAUUCACCGCUUUAUAGAGGCAUUGAAGUUCGGUUUUGCAGCUCGCACAAAAAUUGGUGACUUGGCAUAUGUCACCAAUGGAACAGCUCGCGUCGCCGAAAUCUCCACGAAAACCUAUGCAGAUGCUGUAGCGCUUAAUCUCACUGAUGAUCGUACGCAUACCCCCGAAUACUAUAAUCCAGAGUUUGACGUCAAGAUUGAUCAUGGAACAAGUCAUACAUCUGUGCUCGACAAGGACGGAAUGGCCGUAGCAUUGACGACCACGGUGAAUCUCGUAUUUGGUUCCAUGGUGCUCGACCCUGAAACCGGCAUUAUUCUGAACGAUGAGAUGGACGAUUUUUCGGUUCCAGGAAGACCUAAUGGUUUUGGCCUCUUGCCUUCACCAUAUAAUUACCCCGAGCCCGGGAAACGCCCCCUAUCCUCAACAACGCCCACGAUAAUCGAAAACCUCGACGGCUCCUUCUACCUCUCCGUCGGCGGAUCAGGUGGUGGCCGAAUUUUUGGCGCAGUCCUGCAAGUCAUUCUCAACCUCGAUUGGGGAAUGGAUGUCAGCGCUGCGAUUGAAAACGGGCGCGUCCACGAUCAACUAUACCCACUCGAAGUAGACGCCGAUGAGAUCGUGCCUGUCGCCAUACUGAACUCGCUGAUCGAACGGGGACAUAAUAUCACAGUGUCGAAGAUUGAUCGUGUGGCUGCUGUUGUGCAGGCGGUAGUGAGUAUGGAUGGCAGGAUUUUUGCGGCUAGUGAUUCGAGGAAGAAUGGUAUCGCCGCGGGGUAUUAAGCCCGUGCCUCCUGCGGUCCGAUGACCGGUGUCCAGUACGUACCUUAGCGAGCAAGUCAAUCAGUGUGUCCUUUGUUGAAUUUACGCCAUGUCUCCUGUAUAAAAUUAAAUCCAUCACCAAGUCUAUUGUU